AGCCCCUCACGGCGAGGAAUUCACUUUGAACCAUUUCUGUCAAUUUCUUCACUAUUUCUGCGUUUAUUGAGGAAGACCUUGAAUUUCAUGGGGAAGCCUAAGGAUUCUGGUGGGAAGGGAAAGGGGAAACAGGCAGCAGGUGGAGGUGAUGACAGUACUUCAAAGGGUAAAGGAAAAGGUGGAAAGGGAGAUGGCCUAGGGACUUGCACUUAUGUUAAAGCUAGGCAUAUUUUAUGCGAGAAGCAAGGUAAGAUCAAUGAAGCAUACAAGAAGCUGCAGGAUGGCUGGCUUGACAAUGGGGACAAGGUUCCUCCAGCUGAGUUUGCCAAGCUAGCAGCAGAGUAUUCAGAAUGUCCUUCAGGAAAGAAAGGUGGUGACCUAGGGUGGUUUCCUCGCGGCAAGAUGGCCGGUCCCUUUCAGGAAGUUGCGUUCAACACACUCAUCGGAGCCACCAGUCCCCCGUUUAAAUCUACACAUGGGUACCACAUUAUCUUGUGCGAAGGGAGGAAGAACUGAACUGGGACACCCCACCCCCCCCACCAUUGGCAAAUCCUAUAUAUGAUCCUUGUGUUUGAGACUUUGAGUAUGUCAUACUAUAUGCAUCAGCAUGGUGAAUAAAAUUGUGGACAUCUUUAAUGUAAUGAUGGUUUCGUAUUUCACUCAUUAUUCGUUUUGAUACCGGCUUUGAAUGUCAUAUUAUGACCCCCGCGGAGUCUUCUUUGAAUUGUCAAAAUAU